AUGUCAGGAAAAUUAAUAUAUGAAGGUAAAUGGAUAUCAAGAAGAGAUGAUCCAAUAAUUAUUGUUGAAAUGAAUGAAACAAUUGCUGAAAGUGAAGCUCGGUUUUAUUUAGAAUUAAAUAGUCAUAAUAAUAUUAUUCAUACACUUGGUUAUGUUGAAAAUAGUUUAAAUUUAACUAUAUUUAUACAAGAAUUUGCACAAUUAACAGAUUUAGCUGGUGUCUUAAUGGAUAAUCAAUUUAUUAUUUCUCAAACAAUAUUAAUUGAAAUGUUUUUACAGAUUGCUGAUGCAAUGAGUUAUAUUACAAGUAAAAAGAUUGUACAUGGUGAUUUAGGUUGUCGAAAUGUACUUGUUUUUCAACUGGAUCCAUCUCAAACAAAAAAUAAUUUAGUUAAAAUAACUGAUUUUGGUCUUGCACGUUGGAUCGAUCAACCAUCUUCUCAUCAAGAUCAAUUAGUUAUUCCAAUUCGAUAUUGUGCACCAGAAAUUCUUCAAAAUAAUCGUCAUGAAGAGUAUUCAGAAAAAUCUGAUAUCUAUUCAAUGGGUGUUCUAAUUUGGGAAGCUUUAUCAAAUAGUGAAAUUCCUUAUUCAUCAAUUCCUAAAGAUGAUGAUGUCAAACAAAUGAAAUUAAAUAAUGAAAAACUUCAAAAGCCACAUACUUGUGAUCAUCAACUAUGGACAUUAAUGAAUAAUUGUUGGAAUAAUAAUCCUAGAGAUCGACCUAGUUUUGAACUAAUUAAACAAAGAUUAUCGAAUAUGAAAGUUUCUGAUAAUCGAGAUCUUCGAAGUUUUGUUUCAUUUCAUGAGCCACCAGCACAUUAUGAAUAUGAACUUGAUAUUGACAUAGAAAUGCAUGAUUUAUUGAAUGGUCAAUUUGGUAAAACGUAUGAAGCAGAAUGGAUAUCAAGAGAAGAAAGACCAAUUGUCUUAAUUGUAAUGGAUAAAGAACCAUCAGAAUAUGAAGCAUUAGUUUAUACAAACUUUAAUCUUCAUCAUCAUAUUCUUUAUACAUUUGGAUUUGUUGAAAACAAUCGUGGAUUAAUUUUGUUAUUGCAAGAAAGAGCACUUCAUGGGAAUCUUCAAGUAUUGUUAAAUAAUCGACAAUUUCAACCAUUACCAAUAGUACUCAUUACAAUCUUCUUGCAAAUUGUGGAAGCUAUGAUUUAUGUUAUUAGCAAAGAUAUUGUACAUGGUAACUUGUGUUGUGCCAAUGUUCUUGUCUUUCAAAUGCAUCCUUCUGAAUCAACAGAAAAUUUAUUUAAACUAACAAACUUUAGUUUGGCACAUAAAAAUGAUCCAUCCUUCGUUGAUGAUAGACGACUUCCUAUUCCUGUACGAUAUUGUGCUCCAGAAAUUCUUCGAAGUGCAGGCCGAUCAAAUUAUUCUGAACUAUCAGAUGUUUAUUCAAUGGGUGUUUUGAUGUGGGAAGCUUGUUCAAAUGGAAAACUUCCAUAUGAAUCCUUAAAAACUAAUAGUGAAAUUCGACAACGAAAAUUGAAUGGUGAAAAAUUAUCAAAGCCAUUUAUGUGCGAUAGACAAAUUUGGUCUAUCAUAGAAGAUUGUUGGCAUAAUGAACCACAACUACGAUAUAAUUUCAAAGAUAUGAAAAAACGUUUCUUCAAUGUUCGUCGCGAUUCAAUAGAAACUUCUCAAUAUGAACUAAAUGUCAAUGUCAAACAAAGACGUCCACUUAAUGGUAAUAAUGGAAAGUUUUAUGAAGCAGAUUGGAUUCCAAAGAAAGAUCCACCAAUUAUUCUAAUUGUUAUGGAUGAAGAAAUAGCAGAACAAGAAGCUUCAUUUUAUAUGAAAUUUAAUUCUCAUUCUCAUAUUGUUCAUACUUUUGGCUUUGUUAAAAAUGAUCUUAAAUUAACCAUGUUAUUACAAGAGCGAGCACUUUAUGGUGAUCUGCAAACAUUAUUACAAAAUGGAAAGUUUCAACCAUCAGGCGAAGUACUCGUAGCAAUCUUUUUACAGAUCAUUGAUGCGAUGAUUUACAUUACUAGUCAAGGAAUUGUACAUGGUGAUUUGCGUUGUAUCAAUGUGCUUGUCUUUGAAAUGAAUUCAUCUGACUCAAAAAGAAAUCUUGUUAAAUUAACUAAUUUUCGUAUGUCUUGUGAAAAGGAUCAGUCAGUUUCAAACAAAAGAGUGCCUCAGAAUCUAAUGCAAUAUUGUGCACCAGAAAUUCGUCGAAAUCAAGAUAGAUCGAACUAUUCUGAAUUAUCUGAUGUUUAUUCAAUGGGUGUGUUAAUGUGGCAAGCUUGUUCAAAAGGAGCCAUUCCCAAUGGAAGUCAUACGAGUGAUGAUGAUAUUCAACAACGAAAAUCGAAUGAGGGUGAACUAUCAAAACCGAAGGAAUGUGAUAGUCGACUAUGGAGCGUCAUAAAAUAUUGUUGGUAUAAUGAACCGAGUUUACGAUUAAGCUUUGAACAAUUGAAGAUUCAACUUUUGAAAAUUGAUUUUAAACGUGUUCAUUUUACUCGAUGUAAUUAUUGUGGUGAACGAUGUCUUGGUAGUCAAUUAGAAGAACAUCAGCAAGCAUGCACAUUAAAACCUCAACCUAUUCUUGGUGCUCGUUGUAAUUAUUGUGGCAACGAAUAUCAAAACAAUGAAAUAGUAGAUCAUCAGAACUCUUGUCCAUCGAGGGCUACUCCUCCUCUCAAUUUUGAACCUCUUCGGUUCACUCGUUGUCGUUAUUGUAAUCAAGAAUAUCUGGAUGCUGAAAUAAAGGAUCAUUCGAAAUCCUGUCCAUCAAGAUCUGAACCUCCGGUGUCUCGGUCUCAGAAGCUUGUUCUUCAAAAAGAUAUCAGCAAUCAUCGUCGUCAAUAUCCAAUACCUGAAAUUAAAAAAAAUGAGAGAUCACGUUCACCAAAGUCGGAAACUGAUACUCAGCAGUCUCUAAAGUCUGUUCCUCAUAGCAACUGCAAAUAUUGCCAUGGUGAAUAUCCGUCAAUUAAUAUUAAUAAUCAUGAACAAUCAUGUUCAUCGAGACCUACAUCACAACGUUCAAAGUAUGCAAAGAGUUAUUUUUUUUAA